GGCUCUUGACCGCGGCUGGUGCUUUCCGGGCGUCCGGAGCAUGGUCCGGGUCGCCGCUGGAGGAACUAGGACGGCGACAGGGAGAAUGGUGGGCUGGGGGGUGGCGGUUCUAUUUUUGUGGGUCUCCUGCGGUCCUGUUACCGGACAGCUCGAAUACUCAGUGCUGGAGGAAACCGAGCGGGGCGUAACUGUGGGAAACAUUGCCGCGGACUUGAGGCUGUCUGCGGCCGCUCUGUCCUUGCGGAACUUUCGCUUCCUUUCCAGCCAGGGAGACCCCCACUUUGGGGUGGAUCUGGCCAGCGGUAGCCUGGUGGUCCGAGAGCCAGCGGACCGUGAUCUGCUGUGCGAUGUCAAAGCUGCCUGCGUCCUGACCUAUGAGCUGGUGCUUGAGGACCCGCUGGAGCUGCACAAGGUGCGCGUUCACGUCCAGGACACCAAUGACAAUGCGCCUCACUUCCCAGUCAGUGACUUGCAGCUGCUUAUUCCGGAGUUCCUGAUGCCUGGAGCUCGCUUUACGCUCCCCAACGCCCAAGAUGCUGACCAGGGUAGCAACGCGGUGCUGAGCUAUAACCUGAGCCCAAGCCAGCACUUCCGCCUGGACAUGGGAUCUCGUGUGGAUGGCAGCGAAUACCCUGAGUUGAUUUUGGAGAAAGUGCUGGAUCGUGAGGAACGCGCCACCCACCGCCUAGUGCUCACCGCUCACGACGGCGGGAGGCCUGCUCGCUCCGGAGACGCACAAGUCACUGUCACCGUGGUGGACACCAAUGACAACGCGCCUGUAUUUGAACGAUCAGUAUACCGCACCAGGGUGCCAGAAACUGCACCCAACGGGACUGUGUUAUUCCGAGUUCAGGCAUCCGACCUGGAUGAAGGCUCCAAUGGGGAAGUCCAGUACUCCUUAAGCAAUAGCACGCUAGCAAAACUGAGACACUACUUUCACAUUCACCCUAGAAGUGGAGAGGUGCGAUUGGCUGAGCCACUGGGUCCACCGGAAACACUGUUGGAGGCUUACAUCGAGGCCAGGGACGAAGGUGCCUUUGGUCUAGCUAGUACCGCCAAACUGCUGGUAGAAGUGGCUGAUGUAAAUGAUCAUGCCCCCGAGGUGAACCUCAUGACUCUGUCCACUCUGGUUUCUGAGGAUGCUGCCCCUGGCACAGUGAUUGCUUUCCUUGGUGUAAGGGAUGAGGACCUCGGUCCUAAUGGUCAGGUUACCUGUAGCCUGUCCAGCGGAGGCCCUUUUAAGCUGAAAGCUUCCUUUGACAAUUACUACAGCUUGCUGACUGAUGGGCCUCUCGACCGAGAGCAGGUCAGUGAAUACCAGGUGCUGAUCACCGCCUCAGAUGGUGGCUCGCCCCAUCUCAGCACCCUCAGGACACUAACUGUGUCCAUUGCUGAUGUGAAUGACAACACACCCGGUUUUUUCCAGCCUCAACAGGACCUUUUUGUGGCUGAAAAUAAUGGCCCUGGAGCCUCUCUAGGCCAAGUGUUUGCCCAGGACCUGGACUUGGGGAAGAAUGGCCUGGUUUUCUAUGAGUUGCUGAAUGUUACCUCUGAAGGACAAGCAGCCUCUAGCUUGGUGGAGGUCAACUCAGCCAGUGGGGCUAUCACUGCCAAGACAUCCUUUGACUUUGAGCAGCUCAGGGGGGUUUGCUUCCAAGUAGAAGCCCGGGAUGGUGGUAUUCCUCCCAGAAGUGCAGCAGUGACCGUGAACUUGUUUGUAAUAGACAGGAAUGACAAUGCUCCAGCCAUCUUGUUUCCCCUGCCUCGAAAUGGCUCUGUCCCAGUGGAAGUUGUGCCCCGCUCAGCCAGAGCUGGGCAUUUGGUCACAAAAGUGGUAGCAGAGGAUGCAGACAGUGGCUCCAGUGCUUGGCUUUCCUACCACAUCUUUCAGGCUUCAGACUCUAGUCUUUUUAGAAUUUCAGCCACUCUGGGAGAGCUCCGCACUGCUCGGUUAGUUCUUUCCACUGAUCCAGUUAAACAGAGGGUGGUGGUCAUGGUCCGGGACCAUGGAGACCCUUCACUUUCCUCUUCUGUCACACUAAGUGUGCUGUUGAGCAACUCUGCCUCUCAGAUCCGUCCAACUUUUGAAGAUGCCUGGGAAACAGGAGGGCACUUUUCCAACCAAAACCUGUAUCUAGUUAUUGCUUUGGCCUGUGUUUCCCUUUUAUUUCUGGGGUGUUUGCUUUUCUUUGCGUGUAUCAAGUUGAGCCAGAGCACAGCUUGUUGCUCUCGGGACUGCUGUCACUCUCCAAAGGAGCUGAGGUAUAGACGGAAGAUGACUUCAAAUCCUUGCAUGACAGCAGCCACAAUAGAUGUUACUACCAUUGAGAGACUUUCUGAGACCUAUUUGUAUCGAGCCUCUCUAGGACUUGGGUCUGAUAAUAACAGUUUGCUGUUGCAUGGGGAGUACAGUAGUGCUGACCUGAGAAACCUGGCUACUGGGGUAGGACUGAAUUUGCCAAUAUCCUGUAUUCGUAUUUGGAAUAGGAAAGGGGAUCACACAAAUGCCAUUGCCAUGGUAAGCCAAUUCUAUUCCCUUGACCCGGAGAUGGUUGCUUGCUGUGUUCUUAAAUGUUUCUUAUUGAGCCAUUGGCAAUAUUAAUCCACUGAAGUAAACACUCCCACUUAGCAGCUAAAAAUUCUGGGUGUUUGCAAUAUAUAAAAAAAAUAGCCCAUGAGUGCAGGAACUUAGAGUUUAUUUUUAAGAAACAAGGCUAAAAAACUCAAACCUACCAAAGAACAAUAAAUAUAGCAUAAGGAUCUAACAUUUAAACUAGAAAUAUAAAUGUCAAAGUUUCUGGUGAAGGUACUAAAUUAAUUCACUUAUGGUAUUUCUUGAAGGUAUUACUUAAGGCAAAUACCCUUUCACUCAACAUACAUAAUGUCCAAGGUUAUAGCUGGGGCUCGGUGCUUGCACUAUGCACUCACUGCUCCUGGUGGCCAUUUCCCCCCCCCCCAUUUUGUUGUUGUUGUUGUUAUUGUAUUGUUGUUGGAUAGGACAGAGAGGAAUUGAGAGAAGAGAGGAAGUCAGAGAGGAGAGAAAGAUAGACACCUGCAGACCUACUUAACUGCUUGUAAAGGGGUCUGCAAGUGGGGACUUGAACCAGGAUCCUUAUGCCAGUCCUAUGCUUCACACAAUGUGUGCUUAACCCAGUGUGCCACUGCCUAGCCCCCUCAAAAAUAUUUUAAGAUAUAUGUAAAGCAUUCUGAUAGCAAAAGUCAAGUAAAAAUGAAUUUUGCAUAGUAUAAGCUUCAUAUUAUGGAAGAUGAGCCAUUUAUUCAAUCCACUACAUGGCUUUUAAUGUUAAUAUAUUUUAAUAUGUAAAAAUAAGCUGCAAUAGGUGUUUAUAAAGACUGGACAGAGAGUGAGAGAAUGAGAAUAUCUGGAUAGGGAGGAGAGAGGGAAAAGUUUAUGGUAGA